GCGUCUUGUUUGCGGUUUUUCUGAUUCAUUUCGUUGUCAACUGCCAGUUUAUAUGCUCGGUUGACAUUUUCUUUUACUUUAGUCUAUGAGUACCCGGCUUUCCAUGAAUGAAAGGGGACUAGUAGUUAUCAACUCGGUAACUCACUCAUCAUAAAUAUAUGUAUUUUUUAUAUACCCUGUAAUGCCAACAAAUAACAUUUCGGUCGCAGAGCCUGAUGUGACUUCUUCCAACCAUUAUUCUGUACAUCUUGAUUGGUCUUCCUCUCUGCUCCAGUUCAAAUACAACAUUCUAAAUGAAACUGAGAGAAUCUACACCAUUACACAGCAAUCUGAAGGUCAUGUUGAACAAGAAGAUGGCUGGAAAGAUGUAUAUAUGGGAUAUGGUGAACAUACAGUUGUGAUGGACCUUAAUCCAAGCACUGAGUACAUGUUUCGACUUCGAUUUCAUCGAAGUGAUGAUGAUUACACUUACUGGUCACCUCCAGUAAAAGCCAUUACAUGCAAGGAACCAUUCUAUGGAGAGAACUUACACAAAGCUGUACAUCGCCAGAAAAUUUCCGAAAUUGUGGAUGUGCUAAAGUCUGGAAAUAUCACAGUUGAUGUGACAGAUAAUCAUGGUCUAAGUGCACUAAUGAAUGCAGCAAAACGGGGCCAACCUGAAAUUAUGAAAGUAUUGUUGUCUUAUAAUGCUUCUAUUUCUUGCAAAGAUGAAGCAGGGAAAACAGCUCUAAUGCAUGCCUGCAUUUAUGGCCAGCUAUCAACUGUAAAAAUCCUGUGCAAAAAUGGUGCACUCUAUGAAGAUUAUGAUUUGGGUGGUACUACUCCAUUGCAUUAUGCCAUUGACAGCUGCAACUGUGAUCUCAUUGAGUGGAUGAUUGGAGAUGGAGCAAAUGUGAACAUUCAAGACAAAAAUGCUGGUUGGACUCCAUUGAUGCGAUGUGCUUCUCUCCAUGGUAACAAAUUAGUUGCUUAUACAUUGAUCCACUGUAAAGCCGAUAUUGAUGUCAGGGACAUAAAUGGGAAGACCUGCUUAAUGAUUGCUGUCGUCAAUGGCCAUCUACAACUUGUGGAACUGCUCUUGGAGUACAAUGCUAAUGUUACAAUAUACAAUACAGUUAGUAGACUGCCAUUCUAUUUAUUUUUCAUAGUGGCCGUACUGCAUAUCAAAUAGCUGUUUCCCUUGAAAGAAGAGUGAGUAGAUACAUCAUUGAAGUUAAAUUUUACUGGUGGAUUGGAUCAUAAUUGUCAUGGUUCUUCUCAACUUCAAAUCUAACUCUGGGAAAGUACAGCUGCUGCACAUACACUGAUUACCAAAUAUUCACUCAGCCAAUAUUCUGUUACCUCUAGCACACUGAGGUACUCUAUCCUCUCACUCUCUACAUAUAUUUAUGCUCUGUCCCUGUCUUUUCUACUGAAAUAGCAAGAUAUGUACAACUUCCCUUGUUCUGAUACUCUUAACACUCUUAAUGCAACCUUAAAUGUCCUACUCAGAUUUAUAACUUUUUGAACCCACAUUUUUCAAGACAAACAUCACCACAUUGAUUUAACCUACAUCAGGAAGGCUGUUAAAGACAAUGAUUACUGUCUCUUCUUCCUUGUAGUUCAUAAUAAUAAUAAUAAUAAUUCUUUUAUUAGCUACAAGGGCUCACAUACAAUAACAUUAAAUGACAUAACACAGACAUUAAAGACAACACGAGACAAAGGGUUUUACAGCGUGUAAACAAUAUAUUACAAUAAAAAAUUAAACAAAUUAAAA